UCGAAUUUUUAUGCUUUAGCUCUAUAUAAAUAGCUAAGUGGUGUACCAUUGCAGUAAACUUGUACCUUUCGUAUUUAUCUAAGCAUAAGAGAAUUGAUAAUCCCCCCAUUCUCAUAGAUCCAAUGUUACCUUUGACCCAUUCGUGUCCGCACAUGGCUGUAUGAAGUUGUAACCUGGCUUUAUAUUUUACGCACUGAACGUUUAUACCAUUAUCGAUACCUUCACGGGACAUUGCUGUCGUUAAGAACAGCAUAUCAUGGCGAAGGGAAAAGCUGUAAAGUCCAAAGGGCCCAAGGUCAGUGCGAUUAAACGUAGAAACAUCUCCCAGACCAAAGCCAGCAACAAGCGCAGGAAGGCCACUGGGAAAGCCAAGAACAAGUUUGGCACUACACAAAUUGGUAAUAAUGCCUCUGGUGCUAAUCUUGGCAACCUUGGCAGUGACGGAGAAGAUGUUGAGGAAGAGGUUGUGCCAGAUGAUAUGGUCGAUGAUGACCAUUUGGAAUACCUGGAGACCAUGGGACAAAACAUCAGUUUUGUCACUGACACGCUUGAAGUUGAUGAAAAUAAGGAAGAAAGGAGUGUGAAAAAGAGGAGAAAAAAUGAUGAGGAUGACGUUGCAGACUAUGAGGAGUUACCACGGAAACAGUUCCGCCAGAUGAAAACAGAGGAUAGGAAGUAUCUGCAUUUACUUCCUAUUAAAGGAGAGAGGGGUAUUAUUCCACAGAUGAUGGAAAAGACUGAAUCAGAUGAAGAGGAUGUUGUUGAACAAGAGGAAGAGGAUAAAGAAGAAGAUGUUGAAGAGAAAAGUGAAGUGAAAGCGACAGCAACGUCCCAGACACUAUCUGAAGUGGAACUUUUUAAACUCAAGAAAGAGACUCUCGCCCGGCGUAAGAUGCAGAUUGCGAAACUCUCCAUCCGUGUCAUGGACAGUCCCCAGGAGGCCCUGUCAUCCCUGAAGGCUCUGCGAGUGAUGCUGAAUGAGGAGGAUCCUCAGGUGGCCGUUACGGUGAGGAAGUUGGUGAUGUUGUCGCUAUGUGAAGUGUUUAAGGACAUCGCACCCGGCUACCACAUCAGGACUAGGACAGAGAAGGAGAUGCAGCAGAAGAUGAAGAAAGAUGUGAAGCAGCUGGUGGAGUGGGAGGAAGGACUUGUGAGACAGUACCAGCUGUACCUCCAGCACAUGGAAGACAUCAUCAAGGCCUGUACUAGCAAGAAGAAGGCUCAAGGGAUAAGUGGCCAGAACAAGCUGCCAAUGAAGGCCCUGCACAGUCUGAUGGAGGUGGCCGUGAAGUGCAUGUGUGAACUGCUAGUCAGCCUGAUGCACUUCAACUUCAGGACUAACAUCAUGGCUGUUAUAGUGCCACUAAUGGACCAUUCUAACUCUGACAUCGCAGACAUGUGUUGUGACACUGUAAAGAAGGUGUUUAAGCAGGACAGACAGGGUGAUGCUACCAUGGAGGUGGUGAAACUCAUUACCAGUAUGGUAAAGAGCAAGGCAUUCAGUGUGCAGCCGAAGGUGCUAGAAACCUUGCUAGCACUUAAAAUCAAGGAGAUAAAGUCCACAAACCCAGAGAAAGAAGUGGACAAGAAGAUGAAGGAAAAGAAGGAAAUGCUGAAGAAGGGAUCUCGAGCGCAGCGUAAACGAGCCAAGCGGGAAGAGAAACUGACACGAGAACUAUUGGAGGCCGAGGCUACAGAGAACCAGAAGCGGAAGCUUGACCUCAACACUCAAACCAUAGAGAUGGUGUUCCUGACAUACUUCCGUAUCCUGAAGAGGAACCGCCAUUCUGUCCUGCUGCCGUCAGUCCUGGAGGGUCUGGCCAAGUUCUCCCACCUCAUUAAUGUGGAGUUUUUCAAUGACCUGAUCACUGUGCUGAGAGAACUGGUGGAGUCAGGGAGCCUUAGUUACAGGGAGACACUCCACUGCAUGGUGACAGCAUUCCAGAUCCUGUCUAACCAGGGAGGUGUUCUGAACAUUGACCCAUUAAGAUUCUACACACACCUGUAUGCCAACCUGCUGCACCUACAUGCAGGUCAGGACACAGAUGACACCACCAAUGCCCUGGAGUGUAUUGACAUCAUGUUGAACAAGCGCAGGAAGCAGGUGUCCAUGCAGCGUGCCUUCGCCUUCCUGAAGCGGCUGUGCACUCUGUCCCUCCAGCUGCUGCCAAACAGCACCCUGGGAACUUUGGCUGCCUCCCGGGACUUCCUGAAGGUCUUCCCCAAGACAGACAUGCUGCUGCAGAUUGAGGAGACGCAGGGAGGUGGCAUGUACCUACCCGAGCUACAGGAACCCGAGCACUGUAACGCUCACACCACGGCACUGUGGGAACUCCACCAUCUCAACAGGCAUUACCAUCCCCAUGUACGCAGAUAUGCAGCACAUAUACUACGGAAGGCACCUUCAGAGGGAGCUGGGUCCCUUCCACCCUCACUGGACAGGAAGUCUCCCUCUCAGCUGUGGCAAGAGUUUGAUCCUUCUCAGAUGAACUUUAACCCCUCAAUCGCAGGGCCAGGGAAGGGUGGGAAGAAUUUGAAGCCAUUCUCCAGGGUGGGAGGUUUGGUGCAGGAGAGCAUGAGAAAACUAGAGCAGGAUAUCUGUGGUGAUGCAAUGUAGAUAACUUAUGGAGGGAAAAAAGGAUUUCUACUGAGGCAUACAGAAACUAUAUAUACAAUGCCAUGUACAACAUAGGUUGGUCUUAGGUUGAAAUCAUGUAACACAAGUUGUUUUAGAAUGGCAUCUUGUCCAUUUCACCCUGGAGCAAAGAGACUAGCCCUAGUUAUGACAUAGCUUACAUGUAGUAUAUAGU